CCUCUUUUCUCACUGCCCCAGUGCACUUCGUCCUCCAGCCUCUUUACACCAGCCCGCGCCCUGCCGGCUCAGGUGCAGCCAGCCCUCCGCUCUCCCUCCAUUAACCUCAGGGCUUCUCCUGCCUCCCUCUUCCCCUUCCUUCUGCAAGCCCUUCUGGCGCUCUGGUGGCCCCUUUCUCCCUCGGGGUGGACUGCAGGUGCAAGAAGCCCCAGGCACCUGCCCUGCCCGGAGGCAGGGGUGGCAUUCAGAUACAAUGGCUGGAGGUGAGAAGAACGCGAAGGCCCUGAGGGAGGUGUGGAAAAGGGCAGAAAACUCCUUGUGCGCAGACUGCGGGAAGCCGGAUCCUGACUGGGCAUCCUCUACCUUGGGUGUCUUUAUAUGCCUCAGCUGCUCAGGAAUUCACCGCAACAUCCCUAGCAUCAGCAAAGUCAAAUCCCUGAAGAUGGACCACUGGGAUGAUGCUCAGGUGCAGUUUCUGGCCAAGCAUGGGAAUGCUGUGACUAAAGCCACUUACGAAGCUCACAUCCCUAUUUACUAUUACCAGCCAACCUACAAUGACUGCCAGGUGCUGAGAGAACAGUGGAUACGGGCCAAAUACGAACGCAAAGAGUUCACCGAGCCAGGAAAACAGCUGCCAUAUACCGAUGGGGUGAAGGAAGGCAUCCUCUGGAAGCGAGGCCGAGACAAUGGACAGUUCCUACCCCGCAAGUUCCUCUUGUCUGAGAGAGAAGGAUGCCUGAAGUAUUUCACCAAGCAGGAUUCCAAAGAACCCAAAAUCAGUGUCAAAAUAGAUGUCAUCAAUGCUACGUUCCAGCCAGCCAAGAUUGGGAAUCCCAAUGGCCUGCAGAUCACCUAUCUCAAAGACAACAAGACUCGGAACAUAUUUGUAUACCAUAAAAGUGGAAAGGAGGUAGUGGACUGGUUCAAUGCCAUUCGCUCUGUGCAGUUCCAUUACCUGAAGGUAGCAUUUCCCAUAGCCAGCGAUAAUGAGAUUAAAAGCCGGCUGACAAGAAACUUCCUGAAGGAGGGAUACAUGGAGAAGACAGGUCCCAAGCAGAGAGAGGCUUUUAAGAAGCGCUGGUUCACGCUGGAUCACCGCAGGCUCAUGUACUUCAAGGACCCUUUGGACGCGUUUGCUAAGGGCGAGGUAUUUGUGGGCAGCAGCGAGAACGGUUAUAGUGUCCAAAAGGGAUUGCCUGCAGGGACACAGGGCAACUUCUCUUGGCACUACGGCCUCACCAUUGUCACCCCUGACCGGGAAUACCUCUUCACCUGCGAGACGGAGGCUGACCAGCUGGGCUGGAUCGCAGCCUUCACUAGUGUCAUCAACCAGGCCAUGACACCACAGGAAUAUGCAAUUGAAGCCUACUUCAAGUUUAAGUCCUAGGAAGCCACGUGGAAACUUCGCUAUUACUCGACUCUACCUGGUCCUCUGGGGUUGGCUGACAAGACAGGAGAGGAAAUCGACAUCAAAGAAACACAGUGCUCUUGCAGCCUCCCCUUUGAAGCACUUUUUUUUUUCCCCCACGGACAUUUCUCUUUGUUCUGGGACCCGAUGAAGCUGCUUCUUUUCAAGUCAUGAGACUGAAUUCUCAGUGCGACCUGUCACUGCUGAGUUGCUGUGAUCUGACUGGAUGCUGGCAGUCCUUGCCUAUCGAUCAGGCCUCGAAUACUUGGCACUUGCCGUGGUGGACAUGGGACCUCACAUCACAUCUGCAUUCAACUGCAGACAGCCACCUGCCUUACGUAAGAAAACUUCUGCCUUGCUGGAGCUGAGGCCCAGUGGGCUGUGGGGGCUGCUGCACUAGGGGAGACAAUUUCAUUACAAGAAGUGGCUUCUCUGCUGGUGACAGAGAUGUGAAACAUCUAGUUACUUGAUCAGCUAGUCUAAUAGCUGUUAAAGGUCACUUAAAAGAUGUAAUCUAACAGCCGACUGUGAAGCCUGUUUCCUCCCGUGUGUAUGGGCUUGAAAGUUUCUUCAGCCCGCAUUUGUUUGGAGCUCAUCUUCUGACUGCUGCUGAGCAGAUUAAGAAACCAGCUCAGUGUUUGUGUGCGUGUGUGUAUGCGGACAAUAUGUGUGUGUGUACAAAACAAAAAAGUGGUGGGAGGUGGAAUAUUGCCUUAGGGAAGAUACUGUGAAGGAUAUUGGUGUUAUUGAAGUUCAGCUGCCAAAUCUGAGUCGCUGCAGUCAAACCGAAGGCGAGAGGUUGGCUCCCGGAGAGACCAGCCUAUGGCACGCCUGCUACAGACUUCAGACUCUCUGUUGCCUUUACUAGAGCCUAGGAAUUGAUGUCUGAAGUAAAGAAUAUGUGGGUCUCUGCUUCCUCACUCUCUGUAUGUCAAAGGCACUUGCAUUCUGAGCUACACAUUCCAUAUGUAUAUGAAUAUUACGUAUCCUGCUAUGCAUUAGUAUAGCAGGGAAGUCUGUAUGUUCACGUCCUUCUAGUAACAGACCUAACCACCAAAUCAACCCAUGAUUCAUAUCUCAGAGAUCAUCUCUUAAAGCUCCCCAGCGUGUUUCACAUGCUGGAAGGACCGGCUGAGUUCUGCUGUUGGCUGUGCUAUCUAAUGUGUCUGCACUUUUACACAGGCAGUGUGAGAAUAGGCAUUUAGGGUGCUAGGGGAAGCUAAGUGGAAUUAAUGAGACAACUAUGAUUUUAAUUAGCUCCUAAAUAAAUGAAUUAAAAAUCCCA